CCAAAUGUCCUGCUGCAUGUUUCCAGAUAUCCAUUAAAUGAAUGAUCUGAUUCUCUUUGCUAUCAGUCGACUAUACCCGGAGUUCGGGCUAAUAGGUAGCAUUGUUGACGUGACCUUUGGAGGAGGUAUCCAUCGAAUACUAUGUUAUUUUUGGGGACUUUUUUCCGAGGGAUUAAAGUGUUUGAUAAAGUUGUCAAUAAGAAGCCCGGUGUGGUUUGUGCAGAGCUCAUCAGCUGCCUGCCGAGCAUAACCCCGGGAUUAAAAAGUUUCCCUGCGCAUGCGCGUUGAAUGGGCUCGUUCAAAAACAGCAGCGCGAAAAAGCAGCUCGGCUGUUGACAAAAACUCGUAUACUUUGCAAUUGUAUUCCUGAUUCGUUAAUUUAGCGGGCGGUCUUAGUUUGAACCAGAAAGCCGUCUCUGUUAAUUACCGUUUCUUUAGCGUUGGCUCGGUUAGCGCGUAAGCUAACGUUGCCUUAGUUUAGCUUGUGUCGUCACAUUGAGUCACGUUCAUUUGCCUUAAGAUAACUUGACGCUAGCUGACGUCUGCAGCCAUGAAGCCCGCGAGAGGUUCGAACCGGGCCUCGUCACAGGCACCUAACUUGAAACCCAAGAAGAAAACCGACCAGACGAUGGUGCCUCAAACACCUGAGCAUCAGGACCCGCAGGUCAGUGAACGCAACCGCGGCGCCCACCCGAACCCCGCCCGCAAGAGGAAAGCUGGAGGCGCAUCUUCGGUCCCCCAAAAAGUCAAAAAGGAGGAAAAGUGGAAGCUGAUGCCAGUAUCCUCCGUCGUUGCGCUGGAGAACAUCAUGGACUUGUCAAUACUAGCAACGCUUGCUUUGAGGCAGAAAGAGAAGAAAGGGAGCCAGGAACAUCUCAACAUAAUGAAAACCAGGUUUCUUGCUCAAUGUUCAGAACUCAAAGUUCCAUUGCAAAAAAAAGCUGAUUCCGAGCAAUCAUCUCAACGGCACCAGGAGGAAGCUAAGAAGUUGCUGGUGGGAAAGACAAGUCUGAGCUCUCUGGAGGAGGACUUGAGGUCGGUGGUCCGUGCUCUGGAGACGACAGACAAGCAGAACGUCUCUUUGCGGCACUCGUGCAGUGAGCUGAGGAAGCAGGUGGAGGAGGAGUUCGCUAAAGAGAUUUUACGGAUAGCUGAACAAGCAGAUCUCAAUCUUCCCCGGCUUCUGCCACAACCCGAUGGAACAACAUUAGAGGCCCGAUUGAGAAGAAUUAUCCCAGAGAGCGAGUCUGAGACCACCGCCCGGAAACUGGGAGAAAUCCUGCAGACACCCGGGGCCGAUCGGGCCGCACAGGCGCUGCUCCUGCAGGCACACAAACACGCCGAUCAGCUCUUCAACCCCGGCUUCACCACGACCGCUGCUGCACCUUGCUCUGACUUAAAUGCCCCCAAAGCCGUGCUCACACUGGUCUGAAAGUGUGUGUGUGUUUUUAAAGGAAUGUGACUGAAGAAAUGUGCAAACUUCACUUGGCAUUUUAAGGAAAAGUCUUAAUAUUGCACAUUUCCACCUUUGUGUGGUUGUGGAAAACUUGCAAUAAUACAACUUAAACCCCUGGAAAUUGUAGCCCCCAUGUGAAGAAAUAAAGAAAAGUCUCACGUUUGGUUGUAACAGCAGCA